UCACAUGUCUAUGAAUGGCCACUUGAAUUUGCAAGACUCAGAGAUAGAAUUGAUACUUAAUAAAAGGUCAAAUAAAAAAUUACAAUCUUCACCAAUGUUUGGUUACAUUCCUGAAUCAACCGUUUUAACCAAAAAUGUACGCUGCGCAAUGCCGGACAGUAGUAGAUUACAAGACACAAGAAUAAGAAGAUAUACUCCUCAGGGAUCAAAAUGGAAAAAAUCUGAUUUAACAUGGAAACUUUUAAAUGAUAAUAACGACAAUUUGAGUCGAAGUCAAGUAGAAGACACUCUACAACAAGCUUUUGCAAGAUGGGAAGCGGUAACAAACUUAAGAUUUCACAAACUUGAGAAAAAUAGCAAUGAGUAUGCCGAUAUUGAUGUAUCAUUUCUAUAUCGUUUCCAACAGCAACAACGAGAUCCCUCUCUAUUUUAUGGAGCUGGUAUUGUUUUAGCCCAUGGGUAUUAUCCAAACACAAAUAAAGGCAUAUCUGGUGACCUUCAUUUUUAUGAUGAAACGGAAUUCACUCUUGGUACAACCAAAGGUAUAAACUUACUAUGGGUAGCUGUACAUGAAAUCGGACAUUGUAUUGGAUUAGAACAUUCAAGCGUAGAAAAUUCUAUUAUGUACCCUCGGUAUAAAGGGUAUAUGGGAGAAAGCUUUACUUUAUCAAAAGAUGAUAUUUUAGGAAUACAAUCUAUAUAUGGUUUCAAAAAACAAACAACCACUAUGAAACCAGCUAUUAUUACAACAACAAAAAUUACAAAAACCAAUCCGACCAUUUUGUGUUCGAUGAAAGGGGCUGUGUUUGAUGAAUUUUCUGGGAUCACGUAUUUAUUUAAUCGUAAUAAAGUCUAUAAGAUUGAUCAGUGGUUGAAAAAGAUUGAUGGCCCGUUUCCUGUUACUCAUUUUUUGCCUAAUGUUAAAAGCGUUGAUUCUGCAUACAUAAAUAGAAAAUCAGAAGUCAUUAUUUUUGAAGGAACAAGCUACUAUAUUUACUCAAGUUUGUCAAAACUAAUUCUUCUCGAAAGUGGGUCUAUCUUUAAAAAGUUCAGAGGGUUAAGAAACGACACAAAACACAUUGAUGCCGCUUUCCUUUGGCCAGCCACCAGAAAAACGUAUCUUUUUUCUAGAGAUCUAUGUUAUAAAUUCAGCGACUCAAACUUUCCUCAUCGUGGUUACCCACGAGAAAUUAGUAAAAGCUGGAAAAAUGCACCAACACAAGUUGAUUCUGUACUUGUUUGGAAAAAUAAAAGAACUUAUUUUUUUAAAGGUAAGUUCCAAGUAUUAUCGUAUAAACGAUCAGGGCGAGGUAGAAAAUUAUUAUCCAAAAAGCAUAUCUGGUUCAUGGAUGCAAUGUUAACGAAAGUUAAAGCAAAAACUUUGAAAAUAGUUUCUUUUUCAUAAAAUUAUUCAAUAAAACACAAAAUCUGUGUGUUACACAAUUUUAACACACAAAAUCUGUGUUACACAAUUUUAACACACAAAAUCUGUGUGUUACAUAAUUUUAACACACAAAAUCUGUGUGUUACACAGUGUAACACCAAAUCUGUGUGUUACGCAGUGUAACACCAAAUCUGUGUGUUACACAAAUUUAACAAACAAAAUUAAAACUUCCAGAGUUUUCUUUGAGCUCUAGAGAACGAUUUUUAUUUUGCAAAUCACCAUGUAUGUAUCUUAGAGUGUGGUAGGAUUUUUUUUAAAACAGAGAAUAUUAGUAAUAUUUUUCCUGAUGUCGAAAUAUUAUUUAUUACAUCAACCUUUAAAUAAUAUGGCUUUUUAUGGUAGUAAUUGGACCUAAUAUUUAAUGAAGUAUUUAUAAAGUAAAUACAUUGUUAACAAUAUAAAUAU